GUGUGGGAGCGUAGGCUCGCCUCCUGAAGGCCCGACCAACCAGAUCUACCAGCACACCACGACCGUCUCCGAGCUCAAAAUCGCUGAAGGCCUUCCCGAGGUACGUUCGUGGACAUCAGCACCAUCGGGGAGUCUGAAUGGCCUGCAGUCCUUUGAUGGUCUGAAUGGCAAGUUCGAGGUGGAGGUGUUCGACUCCACUGUGGACAUCAGCACCAUUGGCCUGCAGUCCUUUGAUGGUCCAAAUGGCAAGUUCGAGGUGGAGGUGUUCGAUUCUGCUGAGGACUACAUCAAGCUCAUGAAGUUGGACGGGCUGCACGGCGUGGCGGGAGCAUACGCGGAGAAGCUGUUUGUGCGUGAGCUGGGAGUGCCAGCCUCGUCCCUCGUCAACUGCGUGCCAAAGGAGGACUUCGGAGGCGGCCAUCCCGACCCCAACCUGACCUACGCGCAUGACCUGGUGGAGGCCAUGGGGCUGGGCAAGCACCAGCCCGCUCAGGAGCCGCCUGAAUUCGGCGCUGCCUGUGACGGCGAUGCUGAUCGCAACAUGGUUCUGGGAAAAAGGUUCUUCGUGACGCCGUCUGACUCGGUGGCUAUCAUAGCAGCCAACGCGGAGGCCAGCAUCCCCUACUUCAAGGGCGGGCUCAAGGGCGUGGCCAGGAGCAUGCCCACGUCUGCGGCUCUCGAUGAGGCCAGCAUCCCCGACUUCAAGGGCGGGCUCAAGGGCGUGGCCAGGAGCAUGCCCACGUCCACUGCUCUGGAUGUUGUCGCCAAGGAGCUCGGUCUCAAGUUCUUUGAGGGCGGGCUCAAGGGCGUGGCCAGGAGCAUGCCCACGUCCGCUGCUCUGGAUGUCGUGGCCAAGGAGCUUGGUCUCAAGUUCUUUGAGGUGCCGACCGGGUGGAAGUUCUUUGGCAACCUCAUGGAUGCGGGCAUGUGCUCUGUGUGCGGUGAAGAGAGCUUUGGCACAGGGUCGGACCACAUCAGGGAGAAGGACGGCAUGUGGGCUAUUCUGGCCUGGCUCUCCAUCCUGGCCAACAGGAACAGUGGCAGCAGUGAGGGGCAGCUGGUGACGGUGGAGGAGAUUGUGAGACAGCACUGGGCCAAGGACAGCGGCAGCAGUGAAGGGCAGCUGGUGACGGUGGAGGAGAUUGUGAGGCAGCACUGGCCCAAAUACGGCCGGCACUUCUACACCCGAUAUGACUAUGAGGGAGUGGAUGCAGAGGGUGCAAAGAAGCUCAUGGCUAAUCUUGUCGCCAACCAAGCAGACAUCCCUGCACUCAACACGGCUGCGAAGGCGGCCAACAGUGCAGCAGCAGGCGUGGUGAGGGGCGGCGAGUUUGAGUACAAGGGACCUGUGGAUGGCUCCGUGUCUUUUGACGCGCCUCAGAAGUCCGUGGGUGGCUCUGUCUUGCUUGCUUGCCCGUCUCACUACUCUCUUCCACCUCAUUUCGAACCCCGCUACUCCAGGGCUGUGAAGGCAGCCAACAGUGCAGCAGCGCACGUGGUGAGGGGGGACGAGUUGGAGUACAAGGACCCCGUGGAUGGCUCUGCAGCGAACAGCGCAGCAGCGGACGUGGUGAGGGGGGACGAGUUUGAGUACAAGGACCCCGUGGAUGGUUCCGUGUCCAGCCACCAGGGGAUCCGGUUCUUCUUCGCUGAUGGCUCCAGACUGAUCUUCCUCAUGUCGGGUAUGGGACCAAUCUUCCGCCUGUCGGGCACGGGGUCAGUGGGGGCGACCAUCCGUGUGUACAUUGAGCAAUACGUGGCCGAUAGCUCCAAGAUUGAUGGCAAUCCGGCUGAUGUGCUUGCUCCCCUGGUUGAUGUGGCUAUCAAGGAGCGGCAUGUUCUCUUUGGCCUUCUCCUCAGCGCCUCGUACAAGUUAUGGCGAGCCAACACAGCCGAAGCAGCGUUUUCUUCCAUCAUGUUCAACACAAAGAUGAUUCUCGUCGCUCUCUUAUGGGCUGUGGAUCCCCGCAUAUGUGUCUGGUACCUCCUUGCAUUUACGAUGAUCUUUCUUCUUUGCCCCCAGCGGUCACCAGCAACCCCAUCAGCAUCCGAUGCCUUUCUUGAGAUGAUCCCGCGCCAGCUGGAGCUAGUAGCGCCAGUGGAAACUGCCACGCCAGCAUCCAACGUGCCAUGCCUGGUCAUGUUCUAUGCCAGCUGGUCUCCCCCCUGCCAUCAGCACAUGUCUCUCUUUGUUGACAUUGCCAACCAGUAUGGCCAAGGACCCCACAUUCACUUUGGCCGCUUGGAUGUCUCUCGAUUCCCUGACGUGGCCGAAAGAUUCUCCAUCGAUACCAGCAUGUUCUCCUCUCACCUUCCAACCCUCAUUCUCUUCCACAAUGGCACCGAAGUCAACCGCCUUCCACCGCUCACCACCGCCUCCAGCACCAGCAGCAACAGGUUCAUACCCCGAGCCACGCCUUUCCUUUCCCCGUCUUCUCUGGCACCUGGGCUCUACACACCUCCCCGGCUCACGAGAAGCAUGAUAGUGGGUGCGUUUCAGCUGGACUUGUGGAGAAUGAAGGGUGCUUUAGCGACAUGCAAGGCAGAGAAGCAGCAGAAGGGGAGGAAGGAGGGCCAGGCAGAGGGGCAGCAGAAGGGGGAGAAGGAGCAGGAGCAGGAGGAGAAGAAAGAGAGGUAG